AUGUCGUCGCCAAUGAAGGCCGCCUCCGACGCGGGCAAGUCGAAAGACGGACUGCACCCGGUCCACGCCCUUCCGAGCCCUGCCGCGCAGCUCGUCCGACACGUCCAGCCGGUGCUCCUGUCUGGCCUGUUCGUUGCACAGUUCAGCUCGCUGGUGGCCGACCCCGUGCGGACUCUCACAAAUUCCCUGCCGGUCGUCGCCGCGAUACAAAUUGUCUAUGCGUUCGUCUGCCUGCCCGCCGCUGGUUCGCAAGCGUCAAAGGGUACUCGCAAGCCCCGGCCUGGCGAGAAGAAGAAGGUUGAGAGCACGGGGCCGAACCCCUUCAUCGCUAUCUUCCUCUCCGUCCUCCUCGCCGCUCUGAUCACGCCCGCCCUGCACAUCGUGCUCGUUCUCUUCGGCGCUCCCUUCCUCACACACGUCCCGCACACCCUCCUGUGCUCCGCCAACGUCUGCCUCCUCUCGCUCUUCCCACUCUUCUACGUCCACGGUGUCGAGGCCAGCACAUGGGCGUCCAUCGCCAGCGCGGCUGCGCCGCUGGACGAGGCAUACGGCGGUCUGAUCGGAGGUCUGCUGGGCGCGUGGCUCGGCGCGGUGCCAAUUCCCCUGGACUGGGACCGUGACUGGCAGAAGUGGCCCGUUACGAUUCUGUGUGGCCUCUACGGCGGCUACGUCCUGGGCAAGACCAUUGGCGGCACAUUGGCGUUUGGCAAGAGGAUGGCAGGUUCUGCGAGCGACGACGAGUGA